UCUUCCACCUCUAAUUUUCAUCUAAACAAGCAUUUCUUGUUUUCCGAAAAGUUGUAACUUUAUCAAUAAAAUAGGACGAUUGGAACAGCCAUGCCAGCCUUAGAUGCGGAAGCCACCGAUGAGCAAUUCGGGAAUGAUCAGCCCAAGUCAAUGUCGGGUCCCAUUGUUGGGAUUAUCUACCCGCCGCCGGAAGUCAGAAAUAUCGUUGACAAGACCGCUAGUUUCGUAGCUCGCAAUGGACCGGAGUUCGAAGCACGAAUCCGGCAAAAUGAGCUGGGCAAUCCAAAGUUUAACUUUUUGAAUGGCGGAGAUCCCUACCAUGCCUACUACAGACACAAGGUCAACGAGUUCCGCGAGGGCAAUGAUGCCGGAAUCACUGCGAUUGCGGGUAUGAAGCAGCUUGCAGUGACCAGUGCCGCCCAACAACGCCAGCAGGAGCUUCUCAAGCAGGUGGUGGAGCAGCAGUUUGUGCCCAAGGAACCACCGCCGGAAUUCGAGUUUAUCGCUGAUCCUCCAUCUAUUUCAGCUCUGGAUCUAGACAUUGUGAAGCUUACCGCUCAGUUUGUGGCUCGUAAUGGUCGCCAAUUCCUAACUAAUCUGAUGAGUCGGGAGCAACGCAACUUCCAGUUUGACUUCCUGCGGCCACAGCACUCACUCUUCCAGUACUUCACUAAGCUCCUGGAGCAGUACACCAAAGUUUUGAUACCGCCAAAGGAUUUGCUGGGCAAGCUGCGAGCCGAGAGUGCCCCGGGCAGGAGCAGCAUGAACCAUGUGCUGGACCACGUCAAGUACCGUGCCAACUGGCAGCGCCACCAGGAAGCACAACGUCGUCGCGAGGAGGAGAAGAUCGAGCGAGAACGCGUGGCCUAUGCCCAGAUAGACUGGCACGACUUUGUGGUGGUGGAGACGGUGGACUAUCAGCCCUUCGAAUCGGGAAAUUUCCCACCGCCCACGAAUCCCGACGAGGUGGGAGCCCGUGUCCUAAUGGAGGAGCGUCUUAUGGAUGAGGAGGGCGACACCGAAAUGCAGAUCGAAUCUGACGAGGAAGGUGACUCCCAGGUUACCAGUCACCUAGAAAGCGGAUUGAAACUGUCGCAGAUGGAGAACCGAGUGGGCAUUCAGAUGAAGAACGUAUCUUCCUACGGCCAACCGACGGGCGCCAAGAGAGACAACACUCAAGUGCAGGACAUGGACGAAGCCUCCAGUGAUGAGGACACCCCGACAACUAAGCUGCAGCCGUCGGUUGCGCCCAUGCUGCCACCCACCCACGACAAGGUGGUGGUCAAAAAGUACGAUCCGAAGGCUUCGCAACCUAAGCCGGCGCCCAUGCCGACGGAUGAGUAUCUCAUCUCGCCGAUUACAGGAGAGAAGAUACCGGCCUCCAAGGUCUCAGAGCACAUGCGUAUCGGUCUGCUGGAUCCUCGAUGGGUGGAGCAGCGUGAUAAACACACUGUGGAGAAAAUCAAUCAGGACAACGUUUUUGCCGCGGGCACAGCCAUUGAAGCUAGUCUUAAGCAACUUGCUGAGCGUCGUACUGACAUUUUCGGUGUAGGCGACGAGGAGACAGUGAUCGGUAAGAAGCUUGGCGAAGAAGAGACCAAAAAGGAUGAUCGCGUCACCUGGGACGGGCAUACGUCCAGUGUGGAGGCGGCUACGCGAGCAGCCCGAGCAAAUAUCACGCUAGAGGAACAAAUUCAUCAGAUUCACAAGGUCAAGGGAUUGCUGCCGGACGAGGAGAAAGAAAAGAUCGGGCCCAAACCGGUGGGCAGCAAGGCAACCCUUUCGGCCCCACCACAACCGUCAACCAAGUCGCAGCACAGUCACGCCAGUCAGAGUCAGCACCACCAGGGUGGCGGAGGACAUCACGGACACCACAAUAUGCACCAUCAUCAUCCUCCGCAUCCACAGGCGCCGCCACACCCACCCCACCAUCACCAUCCGCCACAGCAGCCUCAGCCAGUGAUGCAGCUAAUGCAGUUGCGUCCACCCAUGAUGCAACCUCCAUUUGGAGCCGGUGGUGGAGGCUAUAUGGGCAUGCCACCUGGAGGAGGACCCCCGCAAAUUGCACCCGCUCCACCUGUUGAUAUAAUGGAGGAUGAACCGCCAUCGAAGAAGAUGCGUAGCGAGGAUAACCUAAUCCCAGAGGCAGAAUUUAUUGCCUCUCAUAAGAGUCCUGUAACUAUUCAGGUUCUGGUGCCCAACUCAGACAAAUCAGAAUGGAAGCUUAAUGGACAAAUGAUAGCUGUGACCAUGGCACUUUCAGAACCCAUAACCAAUCUCAAGACAAAACUACAAGAUGAAACUGGCAUGCCACCGGCCAAGCAGAAAAUCUUUUAUGAGGGAAUGUUCUUCAAAGACAGCAAUACCAUGGCCUUUUAUAAUCUGGUGAACGGAACCACCGUGCAUUUACAGGUCAAGGAGCGUGGUGGUCGCAAAAAGUAAAAGUGUCAAAGCAUAAAGGGCAUAACAUUAAUUAGAAAAGUUCCAUCAUAUGUAGAAAUUUAUUUGUAUAUGGUUUCGCAUAAAUUUGUAAUAAAUCGUCAAUCACAGAA